GAAGAACAUUUUUAUAUUAUGAGAUGGAGGGAGAAGUUUCUUUGAAAAUGUAAAUCUAGUCUCAACAAAAAAUUGCAGGUAAUUAAGCUCGUCACGCGCGCUUGAUUAGUCAAUUGAUGGUGUCUAUCCGUAUCAUAUGAGCAGAUACAAGGCCUAGCCGGCGAACAGCCGUCGGCGCCGGAGGACGGGUGGGUCAUCUGCCGGGUGUUCAAGAAGAAGAACAUCGUCGUGCAGCGCCAAGCUGGCCAGAACCGCGGCGGUGGCGGCGCAGCGUCCAGCAAGCUAGUCGGCGCCGGUGCCAUGGAGAGCAGCCAGAGCAACUGCUCGUCGACGUUGAUGGCCGGCAGCGACCGCGCCAAGGCGCAGAUGAUGCACUGCUCCGCCAGCGACGACGGGCUCGACCACAUCCUCAGCUACAUGGGCCGCUCAUCCACGGCAUCGUGCAGGCAGGAGACCAAGCCCACCAACCCAUCAUCGUCAGCGCUGGACCACCUGAUCAACAGCGCGUGCCACAGCGGCAGCAGCACCCUGUACGACAAGUUCAUGAAGCUCCCGCCGCUCGAGCACGUCGUCCCCAGCGGGAUCCUGCCGCCGCCGGCCGAGUACGGCGGCGACUGGGACGAUCUUGACCGGCUGGCGGAGUACGAGCUCAACGGCCUUUCCGACGCCGCGACAACCAAGACGACCAACGGCAUGUCCUACGUCGUGGACGAGCUCGGCGGCGCCACGGCCUACUCCGGCGGUGGCACCCUACACGCUUACUCCGUCACUGGGGCUGGCGACGGUGACCUGUGGAGCCUGGCGCGGUCGGCGUCAUCGCUACAAGCCGACUUGAGGAUGACUUGUUUUAACGCUGUCGGAUGCUGACACUGUCGUAGCCCAAACUUGCUUAUUUUUUAUACGGAUAUUUUUUGUAUAUAGAGCUGAUUCACUCGCACGCA